AUGGCCGGGACUGACACGGGAGCAGAACACAGAGGCACGAGGGAAGUCCAGGAGGAGUUUCGGGACAUCUUCGCGUGGUCCAUCUACGACCUCAGCGACACCGCCAUCGAGGGGGUGGAGUUCGAGGUGGACUUCAACGACGACAAGCCCAUCUGGUCCCCCAAGCGGCGCUACUCCCAGUACGAGAGGGACCUGCUGAAGGCGAGCCUUUCGCCGCCGCCACCGUCAUGCCCCGCAAGAAGGACGCGGAGGGAGCGGCGGAUCUGCGGCGACUACCGGCCCCACAACGACAAGACCGUCCCUGACAAGUACCCGAUGCUGAUUGCGGACGAGCUGUUCGACGAUCUGGGGGGGAGCGACUGCUUCUCCACGCUGGACCUUCGGAUGGGGUACCACCAGAUCCGGAUCAGGAAAGGGGACCAGUGGAAGCUGGCCUUCUGGGGGCAUGACGACCUGUACAUGCCCAUGCGCACCCCCUUCGGGCCCAAGAUGCUCUUUCAGCGUCUGAUGGACCGCGUACUCCGGGGGCUACGGGCGACCUGGCGCGGGCAUUCAUCGACGACAUCAUCGUCCACGCCAAGGGAUUCCGGGCCCACCUGGACGCCCUGCGCGGAGUCUUCAUGUGACGAUUGGGCUAUGGUUAAGUCUAACCGCACAAUCGCACAAGUGUUAACCUUCGGGUUAUGCCAGUUUGCCGACGUGUUGGCAUGUGGCCAUUAUUGA